CAGGGGAGGACGGCCGUCAGGGCGGACGUCUCGCUCGUCGCUCAGGGAAAGGCGGGGGUCCGGGCUCUUGGCCGGGGGCGGCGGCGCCAUGAAGAUCUUUGUGGGGAACGUAGAUGGGGCGGACACGACCCCGGAGGAGCUCGCGGCCCUCUUCUCGCGCUUCGGCACCGUCAUGAGCUGCGCCGUCAUGAAGCAGUUCGCUUUCGUGCACGUGCGCGAGGCCGCGGGCGCGCUGCGCGCCAUCGAGGCCCUGCACGGCCACGAGCUCCGGCCGGGGCGCGCCCUCGUGGUGGAGAUGUCGCGGCCGCGGCCUCUCAACACUUGGAAAAUUUUCGUGGGGAACGUGUCGGCCGCGUGCACGAGCCAGGAGCUGCGCAGCCUCUUCGAGCGCCACGGGCCCGUCAUCGAGUGUGACGUGGUCAAAGGUUAUGGAAGUCCAGGAAUAUCCGGAUCCAGGCUCUUCUGCCAGGUGUUCUGGGGCAGGCUAUGGUGUUUGCAGUUUGCUUUUGUAUUGAGGAAAAAUGGAAAGGACUUCAAGGAAGGAAGUGGGGAUUCUGACUUUGGCUCUUAUUUGUUUUCACUCGGCUUAAUAAAUGUCAGAAUUGCUUCUUCACCAGGGUGGGUUCUGAGUGGAGAAUUGAGAAAUUUGGAUCUGUGAAAUUAAAAUUGCUGUGGUGGAAUUCGUGGUGUUAGGAACCUUCUUUGCUCGGUGCUUUCUCAGAAACAGAGGUAGCGGGUAGCGGAGGGAAAACAAUUGGCAUGGUUCAUCACGGCUUGCUUAGACUGAAAAGAACGGGAUGGGAGGUAGCUGGCAUUUCGUUUGGAAGCACCUGGAGAAUGCUUGUGGAUUUAAGAGCAGAAAUGUGUUUAUGAUCAUGGCAGUCAGGAGUACCGGUUUAUACUCCUUAAUGAGACUGUUUGAUUUGAUCAGGAAGAUCUGUGGGAGCCUCUUUAAUAUUAGAGCUCCCAGAGAAAGAGGGUCAUACUUCACAGAAUCCUUCUAACUCUCUUGCUGAGAACAGAAGUUUGGAUGAGGCGAGCCCCAACGGGGGGGAGGUAAUACAGUGAUGGGUGUGAAAGAGGAACCGUUUUUCCAUUACCUCCUAUUAUUACAUUGACGCUAGUCUUUACCACUUAAAAACCCAAGGCUCACCGUUAGAGGAGAAGGAGGGAGUUGGACCUUUAGUGCAACCUGUGGUCCAGGUGCAGAAGGAAAGAGGAAGCUGCUUGGUGACUCUGGAUGGCUUAGUGUAUUAGAGCAGCAGUUCUGAGCCACCUGUGGCUUUACCCCAUAGGCUCCGCAGAGAAGUGGGCGCCUUGUGUUCUGUCUUAAAGGCCCAUCACCAGCCUGGGGGGAGCUCUGAGGAGAUGCUGUCCCCUUAGACUUAGAACCUCCUGAAGAGUGAGUCUGUUGUGCCAUACUAGCAGAGGGAAUUGGGCGGUGAUGCUGGGAAACCUCGGUGCUUUGUUUUCCCUAUGGAAAAAGUAUCUUCUCAAAAGUUCCUCCAUAUAUUCCAUCAUCUAAUUUGAAGCGUUGAUGGGGCUCUUCAGGAUCCUUGAAUCUUCAGGUGUUUUUCCUUGCUGUUCUCUUAGCGAAACGAGGCUCUGUUCUCUUCUGCUGGUUCAGGCUCUUCUCCUGGGAGACUGGUUAGGCUUAUGACUCCCUGAGCCAGCUGGUCUUGUGCUUUUUUAUCUGCUUCCCAGAAGCCCCUUAUAUGGGUAGGAUUUGGUUGUAGUCCUAUAUAUAUAUUUUUCUUGGUGUAUCCAGUUAAUUUUAAUGUGUGGUAUUUUAUGUGGAUUUCAAGAUACUUUUCAACCUGGCUCUUAAAAACAUAAUUUUAAAAAUGGACAAAGUUGGGUUGUAAUUAGGGUACCUGGCCUUUUUCAACUUUUCCCAUCGUUCAUUGGUUGUUUUAGCCUAAUUCUACCCAUUUUGGGACUGAUUAGAAAUAGCUACCAAGGGAAUUCUCAUUCAAGUUUUAUUUCUCCUGACUCCUCUUGGAUGCUCCCCCACCCCCCUUGGACUGCUACCCUUUGCGGCCCUUCCUUUCCCUUGAGUGAGGUUUGAGUGCCUUCCUCCUUACUUUCCACUCGUGUGUGGGGUCUUUUCCUUCUUCCUUCCCUCCCCUGUGGAGAGGAGAGCUUGUGUUCUGCUGCGGGGUGGGAAGGGACUCAGUUCCCUUUAUUUCAUUCUUUCAUCAUCUCAGAUUCUAAGAUUGCAAGUAGAAAGGGUCUUCCUGCCUCUUGUUUGCUUUCUUAGAACAGGGGAAGGUUGGGAUUUGGAGGGCAUUCUUCUGAACCAGCUUUAGAGCACCCGUACGUGCUGUGACAUGAUACUUGAGAGCACUUCCACAUUUCUUAGUUCACAACAGUUGGCCAGAUGGAGAGGCAGGUCAACAGACUUGCCCAGCGGCUCUGAUGGUGCACUUGAAACCUCUUCAUCCCCCCUAGUCCCCAGCACCAUUUUGGUUCUUCCAUAUGGCUCCUACAUAGGCUUUCUCUUCAGUUGCAUUUGAAUUUUGAUGGUCAUGUGUUUGCCCCCAAGGAACAGAAGAGGAUACUGGUGUCCAUGGAGAACAUCUUGGGAGGAAGGCUCCACAUCCAAUGCCCUUCUCAUAGCUAAAGUACUUGUUUGGGAGCAGAAGAUGCCAUUGAUUUUGAGGGCUCAGCCUAAAUUAGACUGAUCAAUUACUAGUGAGAAGUGUUCCUGAUGGAGAGUCAGUGAGCGGGCUUAGUUCUUGCAUCUCACCAGAGCCAGGCUGGGCUCUUGUGGAUUCUUCUGGCU